CUGAGGGGCGUUUUGCUUCGCCACGCUCACUCGUUGCAAGCUCUGAGCGCUCCAACAUGUGUUGAGACCCCUCCCCCCCCCUCCAGAUAAUCGAAGAAUUGAAAAGGAGGUUGAAGAUAUUGUGACAAGAUAUAAAAGAGGAACGGAGAAGAUAUCAUCAUGAAGCUGUUGAGCAAAUUGCUGACUCUGUACCCAAGAAGGCGUCCGAUGCUUCCCAGCAUCGCCAGGAGCAACCACAAGAACGCCGCUACGGGCAAGCAGAGGGAACGCGUCCAGAGGCAGUUGGUGUCACGCCUCUUCCAUCCCAACAUCGUCGCGGUGGACGCCACGGAGCCGGCAGCGUCGGACGGUGGCACCGGUGGUGCCGGCACGCAGGGCCACUCGGACGGCAAGCAGACGUGCAAGAGCCAGAGGCUGAUGGUGCAGACUGGCCUGAUCCAGUCGGCCGCGCCAGGCUGCUACCACCUCCUGCCGAGGGCGGUGCGAGCCGUGGAGAAGCUGGUGAGCCUCAUCGACCAGGAGAUGGCCUCCAUCAACGGGCAUAAGAUCAGCAUGCCGUGCCUGACGUCGGCCGAGGCGUGGCGCGCCAGCGGCCGCUGGAACCUCAUGGGCAGCGAGCUGUUCCGCCUGCGCGACCGCACGGGCGCCGACCUCUGCCUGGGCCCCACUCACGAGGAGGCGGUGACGCGGCUGCUAGCGGCGCAGGGUGUCGCGUCCUACCGCCAGCUGCCGCUGCGCCUCUACCAGGUGACGCAGAAGUUCCGCGACGAGCCUCGGCCCUGCCACGGCCUCCUGCGCGGCCGCGAGUUUCUCAUGAAGGACCUCUACACGUUCGACGUGUCGGAGCGGACGGCGCGGCAGACCUACGGCGAGGUGUUCGCCUCGUACCGCCGCAUCUUCGCGCGCCUCGGCCUGCCCGUCACCACCGUCGAGGCGUCCACGGGCGCCAUCGGCGGGAAGGCCUCGCACGAGUUCCACCUCAUGGCCGACGUGGGCGAGGACCAGCUGCUGAGCUGCUGCCGCUGCGGGUUUUCAAUCAACGUGGAGAUGAUGGAGGCGUUCUCCGUGCCGGCCGACACGGUCGUGUCUCACAUUGACGGAUCGGCAGACAAGGUCGGCACCGAAGUGACGCACACAAUCGGCGGGACCGGCAGCUACAUGUGCCGCUGCCCCAAGUGCAGCGGGCGGAUGGUGGCGUCGAAAGGAAUAGAGGUCGGCCACACGUUCUACCUGGGCACGCGCUACUCGGAGGUGUUUGGCGCAAAGUUCUGCGACGACGACAACAAGAACGUCACGAUGGAGAUGGGCUGCUACGGCCUGGGCAUCACACGCAUCCUAGCGGCUGCCGUGGAGGUGCUGUCCACGGCUGACAGCGUGCGGUGGCCUGGGCCCGUCGCGCCCUACCAGGUGUGCAUCCUCACGCCCAAGUGGGGCAGCAAGGAGGAGGUGGCCGGCAUGCGAAUGGCCGAAGAUCUCUACGACACGCUGGACGAGCUGUUCCCCCGCCUGCGACGCGACAUGCUCCUGGACGACCGCGGUCAGCUGACCCUGGGCAAGCGGCUGAAGGAGGCCGACAAGAUGGGGCUGCCGUACGUGGUGGUGGUGGGCAAGAGGACCCUGGAGGCGGGCGGCGAGUUCGAGGUUUUGCGCACGCGCGACGGCAAGACGAUGUUUCUCACCAAGGAUGGCAUCGUCGACUUGCUCAAGAAUGUCGAUGUGUGCUGCUAAGGAGGCUGCAGCGCCAAUCACUGGCCGUCAGGAGAUCGACGUGCUGGCUACCGUAAUGAAGCCGCCGUUGUUUAAGUCGAUCUUUACUCAUCGGGAGGUCGCUCAUUCUCCCCACCACCUCCCCUCGUCUGGAUUCCUGUCCCUUCUCUUCCCAGCCACCCAAUGAUGAUGACAAACUGUCCUGUGGACUCCCUGCCAGGCUCAAGUUCAAGUCCAGGCUCAAGACCUACCUCUUCUCUGCCGCCCAUGACUGACCGCAUCUCUCGAUAAAUAAUAAUGGCCACUUUGUCCAUACAGCAGUCUGAGAUUCGGUCGUAUUUAAACGCUCUGUAAAUCCAGGUUGUGUCAUUAAUCUUUGGUGGGUAUCGGUCCCACAUUCACCACCCUGCAUUCGAAUCGGACUCCUCACCGAUUCUGCCUCGGGUUUAUCUUCAACCGUGGCAACUUUUCUUUUCGUUUUCGCGUUAACGCACUCUUGCGUUUCUUUGGCGUCUCACAAGAGUUGUUUUUUCAUCGCAUGUACGCGGUGGCCUUGUUUCACGAGCAUGUCGUGCUGCGGAACAAAUCUUCGAAUAUUUUAAUCUUAAAUUUUGUGUUGCUCGCCAUUCUACAAAAUUCACAGAAGUGCAAAGGCCCUCCCAUUUUUACCAAAGAUGGGUAGAGUCUUCUCACACAUUGACCACUGGAAUGUAAACACAAGGUGUGUUGGGUUUGUAGUUUGUGUGGUGCAGCUUGUUACAAGGGAUACUCAAAGUGACACCUCCAAUUGUUUUCCUCCUCGAAUUAACUUUUGAUUAUUGUCCUGAUACAAUAUUUAACAUUAUCGUUCAUAGGAGCAUAAAGAACGUAACAGUUUCUGUAUUUUCCCAUAGAUUUGCAUCAAAGCAGAACCACGGCCAGGAUUUCGUCGCGUUAAAAGGAAUUUCCAGCAUCGCGUAGCCACUUGUGACCAGGGUCCCAUACGGCAGUGUCAUUUGCAACGUGUUGCCUACCUCAGAGGGGUCAAAACAGUGUGAUGAGGGUGCUGGAUCUGGGCUGUACGGUGGGUAGGGGCAGCACAGGCCAGCCAAGUAAUUCCCGAUAAGAAAUAUCUCGAUUCGUUUAAAUUUUAUCAAUCGAUAAAAAAUAUAUAUUGGGAAAUAAAUUGGGGAGGCAUCGUCGACAAACGUAGUGCUGUUUUUUUUUUAAAUGUUCAUUUUUACAAAAUAAUUUUCAAAUCCAUUGGAAUCUUCAACCCCUUUGUUGGGCAUUUUUACUGAUUUACCGUAGUCUUAGCAAGUAGCGUGUUAGAACAACGAGAUUUACCUCUACUCUGUUUAACAACCACAUGCGGUAGCGGUACGCGUGAUACUUAUCACCUCAUAAGAAUGUUUUUUGUCUCUUUUUUUUUAAUAAACCGGGAAUAAGG